CACAUGGCAGUCAGACUUUUAGAGACUUGAGGAGUGAAGACACAAGUUCUAGACAAGACAAGACAAGGGAAGAUUUACACAUACAGUCUGUUUAGAGGGAGUAAAGACUAAAGACCUGGAUCUGGGGGUCAAACACACUAUGGAAUCAUGAUACCAGGAGAGGAUGAUGAAGAGUUGGAUGAGGCUGCUGAGCAGUAUGCUGCUGACACUACCUGGAGCUGGACCCGUCAGACCAUGAACUACGUGGGCCAGCUGGCAGGCCAGGUGUUUGUCCAGGUGAAAGAGCUGUACAGAGGCCUCAAUCCCGCCACCCUUUCAGGCUGCAUCGACGUCAUUGUAGUGAAACAGCCCGAUGGAUCCCUGCACUGCUCACCUUUCCAUGUUCGCUUUGGAAAGAUGGGCGUCCUCCGGUCCCGAGAGAAAGUGGUGGACAUGGAGAUCAACGGAGAACCUGUGGAUCUACACAUGAAGCUUGGGGACAAUGGAGAAGCCUUCUUUGUGCAAGAAACAGAAAAUGAUCAGGAAGUGGUCCCCUCCUACCUGGCCACUUCUCCCAUCUUAUCAGAUGGGGCCAUCCUUAUGAGCUCCUCCCUGAUUGGAAAGAGCUCUGGGCCACCUAUACAGACCCUGGGCUCCACAGGGAGCACUGGAGAGACUGGCAGCGGGAUACUGAAGAAGAGAAGAAAGAGGAGGAGGAAGGCUCGGGCCGACAGCUUGAGGAGGGAGGAGAGCGGGGAGUACUCGGAGGAUGAUGACAUGUUUACCAUAGAUAUAAGCUCAGAUGAGGGGACUGAGAUGGAGAGGACUUCAUCUCGGGAUCUCUUAAGAGAUGAAACAGCAGCCAGUUCGACUGGCGGCUCCUUCAAACAGUCUGGCAUCUACACUCGCUCAGAUGGAGAGUGGAGUCCCAUUCAGAGUCCUGGAAACUCUCGUCCCACCUCACCUAAAAGUGACUCUGAACUGAUGACUAAACCAUCAGACACAGACAAUCAGAAUCCAGCCAUGCACUGGGCAUGGGGAGAGCUGCCUCAGGCUGCCACGCCGUCCUUCCUCCCAGUAAAAUCCGAACCUCCACCUGUGUGCCCAGUAUCCAUCCCGGUGACUGAAAGCACACAUUUCAGAGUCAUAACUCACGAGACGUCCUCACACCAGUGCUCUGAUGUAUCCUCGCUCAGGUUAUUAAUGCAGGAAGAGACCACUCAGCAGAGCGUUGUAACAGUUGGCAUGGAGUCAGAGUCCAUGGAGUCACAGACUGUUGUAACUACAGAGACGCAAGUUACAACGAUAGGUGACACAGCGGCUUGUACGAUGCCCGACAUGGAGGAGACAAUGCCUCGUCUGCUGGGCAAGACGGACUCUCCAUCUAAGAAAAAAGACAAGCGAAGCCGCCAUCUUGGUUCAGAUGGAAUUUACCUGGAUGACAUCACAGACCUGGAGCCAGAAGUGGCAGCCCUUUAUUUUCCCAAGAGUGAUGUUGGUGCAGCAGUGAGGAGCAUCUCAGACCCAGGCUUUCACAGCACCAGUCUGUCCCCGCAGUCCGUCAGCUCAGGAGGAGACAGCGGCGUCGACAGCUACUGUGACAACAUGGCUGAUCUGCCAGCCAUCACAAUCUCUUUGUGUGGAGGGCUCAGUGAGAACAGAGAAAUCACUAAAGAGCAAUUCCAUGAGAAGAUGAUCUCCUACCAGCAAUUUGCAGAAAACCCCUCCAUCAUUGACGACCCAAACUUGGUGGUGAAGAUUGGCUCCAAAUACUAUAAUUGGAGCACUGCGGCUCCACUUAUGCUGGCUAUGCAAGCCUUCCAGAAACCUCUGCCAAAGGCUGCAGUGGAGAACAUCAUGAAGGAGAAGAUGCCCAAAAAAGGAGGGAGGUGGUGGUUCUCCUGGAGGGGUAGAAACAACAGCACCAAAUCGGAUUCAGUCUCUGGUGCAUGCGGCUCUGGUGAGCAGGCAGGGCAAAUGAACAGCAGACUUAAGGAAGAGUCGUCCUCCAGUGAUGAAGACCACAGGACAGCCAAACAGAACUCUGUCACCAGCCAAUCAGAGUCUGUGCUCACACAAGGGGGCGUGUCCUAUAAGAAAACACUCCGACUCACAUCAGAGCAGCUGCUGUCUCUCCAGCUGCAGGAAGGCCCUAACGAUGUUGUGUUUAGUGUGACCACUCAGUACCAGGGAACAUGUCGCUGUCAAGGAACAAUCUACCUGUGGAACUGGGAUGACAAGAUAAUCAUCUCAGACAUAGAUGGAACCAUCACCAGGUCAGACACAUUGGGCCACAUCCUUCCUACACUGGGGAAAGACUGGACCCACCAAGGCAUCGCACACCUCUACCACAAAGUCAGCCAAAACGGCUACAAGUUCCUGUACUGCUCAGCUCGAGCCAUCGGCAUGGCUGACAUGACCCGAGGUUACCUUCACUGGGUCAACGAGAGGGGCACCAUGCUCCCCAUUGGCCCAGUCCUCCUCAGCCCCAGCAGCCUCUUCUCAGCUCUGCACAGGGAAGUGAUCGAGAAGAAACCAGAGAAAUUUAAGGUGGAGUGUCUCACUGAUAUCAAGAAUCUCUUCUACCCAAACACUCAGCCAUUCUAUGCAGCGUUCGGCAACAGACCUACGGAUGUUUAUUCCUAUAAAGAGGUUGGAGUGCCACUAAACAGGAUUUUCACUGUGAACCCUAAAGGCGAGUUAGUGCAGGAGCAUGCAAAGACAAACAUUUCAUCAUACGUCCGUCUGGGUGAAGUGGUGGACCACGUGUUCCCUCUGAAGGUGCGAGCCUCCUCCUCUGACUUCCCCUGCUCGGACACUUUCAGCCACUUCACCUACUGGAGGCAUCAGCUCCCCCGUGUGGACCACCGUGGGACUACACCUCCACAGAGUCCCAGCCCUGACAGCUGACUAGCUGCAGCUUGUUGAGCAGCAAAAAGUGACUGAUAGUGUGUUUGAGAUGUAGCAGAUAUUUAAAUGUGUGUAUGUUAUGAAUAUGUAGAUUUUUGUAGAAUUUUGAGCACUAUGAGUGCACAGCAGAGAAAUAUAGAAGAAUCUGCUGUAAAACGCACAUGAUGGAUGUAUAAGCGCACUUUUAUUAAAAAAAACAUGACCUCUGUACCCUUCUGAAUAGAGGUAUGUAUUCGAGUAUAAAGUAAUUUAUUCAGGCAGCUUAGCAAAUAUAUGUAAGUGAGUGCUGACAGGAUUCAGUAGCAAGACUUUCUCUGAAAGUAGCAUGCUUUAUUUUACACAACCAUAACAUGCAUAAAUGAGAGCAAGUAGUAGAAACAUGUGCCAAAUACUCAACAUAGAAUAUAUAUUUUCUUACUCAGAACUUCUCAAAUCUAGACUGUUAAAGAUCCUCAAACAGCAUGGAACUGCAGAUAUAUACAUGCACCCUCAUUUUAUUGUGUAGCGGCUUCUGUGUGUGUGACGUAUGUUUUGAAGUCAGUAUUAGUUGUAAGGUACAUUAAGAUGUAUUUCAGAGCACAAUGAAUGGAAAGAAAAUACACAUUUGUUGUUAAAAUGUUUAGAAAAAUAGCAGAAAGUGCAUUGUUAAGAGUGUUUAAAAUAGUAUUUAUUGUUGGAAAAAGAGAUGCUUGUAAGCAGACAAAAAGCACAUUUUAUUGUUUUUCUUAAAGAGAUUAUUUUUCUACUGAAAUCAACCACAGUGAAACCUUGUGAUCAAAUUGUCAUUUCUACAGUGGCCUUCAUAAUGUUUUAGAUUAUCUGUACUGUUACUGUUCAUAUAAUAACUCUUGAAUCAUCAGGUCUGUUUAGACUUUCCUUGUUGGAAAGAUUAAUGAUAAUUUCAAUAACUGCCAUCAAGUCUAUCUGGGGAUUUAUCUGAUAAGAGACAGACUUAUCAUGUGGCAAAGCCUGGGAUGUUUCAAUACAUCUGGUUAUUCUUUAAUUUUAGCUUUACUUUCUUAGUUUGUGACAUCAUUUCAUCAUUUCUUAAAACCCUCCAGACUGUCCACAGUAUAGAGUAAACAUCAGUCUGUGGUUAUUUCCUUAGAUAAACACAUAUGACGUGAGGUCCUAACAUUAGGUGCAACAAUCACUAUAACAGAGUCAUUUAAGUAAGUGUGUGUGCAGUUUUUAAAGAUGUACAUAUAUAUAAUUAUAUAAAUACUUAUUCUUUCCAUGAAAGAGCUUUAAGAGCAUGAAGUGAUCAAUAGUUUGUUCAUCUACUCCCUUCCACUGCUUUUGACCAGUUCACUGUUAAAUUGGUGUAUUCAAACUCAAUAAAAUGCUUUGGUACA